AUGGUAUCAUGGUGCUGUCUCAAGACAAGCUGGAGAACAUCUCCUUCGAAGUGGUAUCACAGGUUCUUUCUGGUUAGAGCAUCAGAGUCUGCACCUGGUCAACUUUCUGUAACUGUGCGCCACUUAGGAAGAGUCUAUCAUUAUCGUAUUAGUCAGGACAGCAGAGGACUAUUCUAUAUAACGGAAGCUCAUCGAUUCCCGACCGUCGUUCAACUAAUUGAGCACCAUUCUCGUUCUGCUGAUGGUUUGGUUUGUCCACUUCUUUAUUCAGUACCGAAACCGCAAUUUUUAAAUCAACCCAUGCAACAAUCUUGCUACUCAUCUGUCCCUCAAACACUACCCAGUUCAAGAAUACCUGGUCAAAAUCAGUUUGAAGUCAAUCCCAUUGUUCAUCAAUCAAAUGCUGAAAUAUCUAACUUCCCUUUAACUCAUAUAAAUCCCGUAUCACAUGUGCCCAGACCAUUUCAUCCAAGUCAUAUAACCAAUUCAGAAAGAUUAAGUGCUUGUAGUGAUUCUAUCGGAAGUAUGGAAUUUGAUGGAUGGGAAAUUGAUAGGUCCGAAAUUAUUAUGCGUCAAAAAUUGGGCUGUGGUCAAUAUGGUGAUGUAUAUGAAGCUGUAUGGAAACGUUUUAACUCUGUUGUUGCAGUAAAAACACUAAAACAAGAUGUUAAUUUGAAUGUCAAUGAUUUUCUCAAAGAAGCUGCUAUUAUGAAGAAGUUACGUAAUAGGAAUUUAGUUCAAUUAUUAGGCGUAUGUACUCGAGAACCGCCCCUUUACUUAAUUACGGAAUAUAUGCCAAAUGGGAAUUUAUUGAAUUAUUUACGUACACGUAGUCCAGGUGAACUCACCCCUCUUACUCUACUUUAUAUGGCUGUUCAAAUCGCCUCUGGAAUGGCGUAUUUAGAAGCUAAUAAUUUUAUCCACAGGGAUUUAGCUGCUAGAAAUUGUUUAGUGGGUGAUCAACAUUUGAUCAAAGUUGCAGAUUUUGGUUUAGCACGUUACAUGCAACGGCAAGACACUUAUACUGCUCGUAAUGGUGCUAAAUUCCCUAUUAAAUGGACUGCUCCUGAAGGUCUUUCUUACUAUUUAUUCUCAUCAAAAUCGGAUGUAUGGGCUUUUGGUGUAGUCCUAUGGGAACUUGCCACCUAUGGUCUUUCACCUUAUCCUGGAGUUGAAUUGCAUGAUGUUUAUCAUCUUUUAGAGAAAGGUUACAGAAUGGAACGGCCACAUGGAUGCCCAGAAGCAGUUUAUUCUAUAAUGUUAAGAUGUUGGUCUUGGGAUCCUAAUUUGCGGCCUUCAUUCAGUGAAAUCCAUGCAGAACUAGAACAAAUGUAUACAACUAUGAACAUUGAAGCUGAAGUUGCUUUGGAAUUGGAAAAACAACCUGUUAAUUUUAUCCAACAACAACAACAACCACUCGUGAGUUCAAACAGAUUCACAGAAAUACAACCACAAGAUUUACAAGGCAAUUCAGUAAAUCAAUUUAAUAUAGUCUUCAAGGAGUCUUUACCAAAUAGUUUUAUAUCAACAGAAAUUGUGAAUUCGGAUCAUGUCGUUUCUAGACAUAAUAAUGCUAUUCAUUCCACGUCGAAUAUAGAUUUCACCGGUAAUAAUUUUGAAUCAAGUCGACCGAAUCCAAUAUCUUAUGUUACAAUGAAUUCUGUUGCUAAUCACUCAAUACAUCAUCAUGUUGAAAAUAAUAUUACUUCACUUAAUAACAAUAAUAAUAUUAAUUGUAUAAAACAAGAAAAGACGAUAUUUAUUGGUCAGAAUCGUUUGUCUAAAGUUAAACAUUCAGUUCUUCCUUCUCCUUCAUCAUCUGGCGGUGGAGUUGGUGGCAGUGAUCAUUUUGGUCGUAUUACUGAUAAUUUAGCUGCUGUUUCACUUGACAAUGACAAUGAUGAUAAUGAUAAUAUUGAUGACGACGAUGAUGAUGAUGAUGAUCAAAAUAAACAUCCGGCUAGUUCAAAUAAUCAUGCUGUUCAACGUGAAAGUAAUUCAGAGAUAAAUCCAGAUCAUAUUCUAUUACCCACUAGCAGUUUAGGUCAGGUUAAAUUUUUACCAUGCGGCCCACAAAAUACAUCCAUACAUGAAUCUAACCAAAAUGGAUUUCCUAAUUUGAUUCAAUGUCGAACACCAUUUUCAUCAAAUUGUUUAACACAAACACAAUAUUCACCGGCUUCAUUAUCUGAUAAUGGGUUUUUACCUUUCGGUGAAAAAUUAUGUUACUUUAUCCCAAUGAGUAAUAAUUUAUCUUAUCAACCUAAUUCACAUAUUACCUCGUCAAAUAUUACACAAAAUUGUGGUAAUUCAAAUCUUUCUCAAUUUUCCAAUAAUAAUUCAGCUUCCAUAGUUUCUAAAAUUCCUAACUUAAAUGUUGGUAAUUCAACAAAAGUGGUGAAUGAUCGAUCAGCUAUUCGAACGAAUCGUUCUAUUCAUCGUAAUGUUACUUCUGGUUGUAAUACUCAGACUAGUUCGCAACAAAAUGGUACAACACGUAGUCAAGAUACGGAUACACCAGAUGAAAGUGGUGUUGGUGAAUCGAUUAUUUCGAACGAAUCUCCUGCAGAAAGUCGAGCAUGUGGCGGUGGGAUAAUGAGUAAUGCUGUCGGUGUUGGUGUAAUUGCUACUGUGAAUUCGAUAACACCAAAUGGACCCUGUCAAGUUGAUUGGCGUUUAAAUGUGCCGUUUGAAGUGUCCAUGUCAAUUGAUGAUCAUUCUCAACAUGUUCAUCAUGCACAAAUAAUAACUCCUUCUUCAAAUGUUAUUCACCAUCCACAUUCCUAUCCAUAUUUAUUUCAAACUACUAAUACUUCUACAACAACGGCUACUACUAUCAAUACCACUACUACUCAUAUUUCUUCUGCCUCAUCAUCUACUCAAUUCAAUGUUAAUCCAUUAAUGGAACAAUUCUCUACAAUACCACCUCACGAUAGAAUUGGAAGUUAUUUAAAAAGUUUGGGUGAAUUAGAUACCAGUGGUGGUCGUCAUCAUCGUUGUAACGAACCCCCAUCAUUUGCUCAUUACCAAUCGCAACCAAAUGAAUCAAAUUUACCAACUGAUAUACUUGAUGUAAAUGAUAAAACGUUUAAUUAUCCAUCGAACUUUUUACAUUGUCUCCCACCGCCACCACCACCGGUGCCUCCCCCACCUCAUUCAUCAAUAAUGGAAUGCUGCAAUUCACCGUCGUUGCCUCCUACAUCUACCACCAAUAAUGCUUCAAUUCAAUUAAGCUCGCACGUAACUUCAACUGGGGAAAUUUCAAAGUCAAAUAUUUCUCACCCGAUUUCUCCUGUACAACGUAGUAAGCAAUAUUUUCAUUCAAAAGAAAUAAUGGAUAGUGAGACCGGAACAAAUAUGAACCAGCCAAUCAACUGUUUAUCGUCUAACAAUCAAAAUAUAUCUCAAUUGAAAGCUUCGUCUGAACAGAAUUACAUAGUUGUUGAUGAAUCUUCUUUGAAUCAUAAUAACAGUAGCAACAAUGAUACUGAUAUUAAAGAUAUGCAUCCUAAUACUUCUUAUUCCAAGAUUUCUCAGGCACGCCGACGUAAUAGAGUAGAUAUAGAACGUGCUGUUAGUGGUAAUGCUGGACACCUGGACUAUCCAGGAGUAGGGCGACGUCAUUUACCACUGGAUGAUCGAUCAGAAGAGGAAUCGAAUACGGAAGAAGUUCCAAGAUCAUUGGAGGAUGAGACCUUAUCCAUCGCGUCUGACUCUCCGAACAAUUCUCAAGAUAAUUCAAUAUCGAUUAAACCCGAUGCAGACCUUUCAGGUGGUGGUGAAGGAGACGAUGUUUACCAGGCGCCAGAUUCUUACUAUUUACCAAAUGUUGGUAAUAAUAAUAAUAAUUCGAAUUCACAAAAUUUACAACUUAACUCUACUUCACAGGAAUCAAUUACAAAUCUACUUGAAAGAUCUAUUGAAUUAGUCAAUUGGACUAAAGAUCUAUGUAGUUAUUGUGAAAUGGAAUAUGAGAUCCCUAAUGCAUCGUUCAUUGAACUAUCGAAUUGUUUAGAUUCUUUUCGUAUUGAAUUAGAAGCCUAUAUUGUGGAACAUAUAAGCAAUAAUCCAAAUCUUACUAAAACUAUCUUAAUUUCAUGUGAUAAUCUAGGUAAACAAACUACAAAUUUAUCUUUGCAUUUAAAGACUAUGGAAAUUGAUAAACAUGCCUUUAGUGUACAUUGUAAUUCUUGUCAUUUGUGUUUAAAAGAAAUUCAUGAACAUAUCGUACAACUUUUAAAUAAGUCAAAAGUAACCAAUGAGGUAACCACUACCGCGGUCACCACAGGUUCUGCAACAUCUGUUACUAAUCAAACUCAUUUACAUGAUGAUCGAUCGUUUAGUACUACUGCUAAUAAUACUGUUACUACUACUACUCAUGUAUUUGGCAAAGUUUAA